AUGGCGCCCAAACCCAUCAAACUCUUCUAUUUUGACGCUAGAGGUCGUGCAGAAGUAUGUCGUCUGCUUCUGGCUGCAGCAGGGCAAAAGUAUGAGGACAUUCGAUAUACACAGGAACAAUGGGAAACAGAGAAAGACAAUACGCCAUUCAAACAGCUUCCAGUGAUUGAAAUCGACGGCAAGCGGUUCGGACAGACCAUAGCCAUAAUAACAUACCUGGCUACUGAGUUUGGUUUUCGUGGCAAGACGAAUCUAGAGGCACUGGCCAUUGACCAGGCAGUUCAACUUACCUAUGAUUUCUUGAACUGUUUUGUCAAGGUUUGGGUAGAAAAAGAUGAGACUAAAAAGGCGGAAUACAUGAAACAUUUCAAAGAAGUGGAGGUCCCAAAGUACCUCGGUUUUUAUGAGAAACUGCUGAAAGAAUCCGGCACUGGUUACUUCGUUGGAAAUUCUCUGUCAGUGGCAGACUUGUCUUGCUACGAUUUUCUUUACGGACUUAAAUCAAUGGGUGUUCUGAGUACAGAUGAGUACCCAAACAUUCAGAAUCUCCAGAAGAAAGUAGAGAGUAAUGAAAAAAUUAAGGCAUAUCUAGCAACAAGAAAGCAGACUCCAACUUAA